AUGCCACACGAGGAUACUCCCGAUGGGAGCGACGCGCAGACAAGAGGUAAAGCUUGCUUCAUUCACGAGUCGAGGGCUGCUCCCACUGUAUUGGUUGCACAGAGUGGUUCAUCCGUUGCUGCGAAGCAGACGUGGACCAGGGUGUUGCGAAGCUUCGAAGAGUCGAAUUUUGAGCUUGGAGUUUCCAAACACUUAUGCGCGUAUUGGGACUUGAGCAUGCCACAAGACAAGGCCUGCUCCGCUCGCCCCCGCUUUGCCAUUCUAAAUAAGGAGUCACGCGAUUUGGAAGGAGCUUCCUGUGGUGGCAGAGCGACCUCGAACCACGUGGUGGACCACGGCGAUAGCUCUUGUCCCACGAGAGUGCUACCGGUCAAGAGCUGCUUCCAUUUUGGGACGCUUACUCAGAGCGCAGCAGCUUACGCCGCUGCACUCGAAGAGGAGCUUUUCAGCGUAGAGAGGGUAUCAACCUGUGGAGUAAUUGGAGCAGCGCCGAAUCCAGGACGAAACCGGAUGACUACACGAGUUACGAAUAGGAACAUCCUUCGAAUGAGUCGUUCUAAUCCUAGGCUCACUGCCUACGAUAUUAAAAGUGAAUUGGCCAUCGCAAAUCAACAGAUCCCAUCAGUUAGAACUGUCCGAAGACACCUACAAGAUGCCGCAUUCAGUGGAAGGCGUCCUGCAAAAACACCACUCAUUUCAAAAAAGAAUCGUGUUGCUCGUGUCAAAUGUGUUAAGGAACAUAUUGGUUGGACUCCCCAGCAGUGGAACAAAGUUCUAUUUUCUGAUGAAUCUAAGUUUAACUUAAUGGGAAGUGAUGGUAUUAAAUACGGCGAUGUGGAGAUCUUAGAAACAACAAUGCGUCCAUUUGCUCUUCAAAUCAUUGGCAGAGGAUUCAUCUUUCAGCAAGAUAAUGACCUGAAACACACAUCUUCGCAUAUUUCUGACUGGUUCAACCGGCGUCGUGUGGAAACUCUUGACUGGCUAAGUCAGUCUCCGGAUCUGAAUCCGAUUGAACAUUUAUGGGAAGAACUGGAACGUCGCAUGAAAGGGAAAAAAGCCCAAAAAUUUAUUCAAUUUGAAGAAGCCUGGAAGGCUAUCCCACACUCUUGUCUUGACAAUUUCUAG